AUGUCUCAGAGAAACAUAAUUACCACAUGCCAUUUUAACGGUGUUGUUUCAACAAACACUCCUAUUGGAUUCUCGUUUUUCAAUACAGAUACAUAUGCCUUCAAAAUUCAUGUCAAUUCAGAUUUUUUUCAUUUUAAAGAUAGAAUGGAAACCAAAUUGGCACGCUGUGUUGAGGAAAUCAUUUAUCGUCAUCCCACCCUAAAUGAAAACGACUGUACGAUAUUCUACAUUAUGACGCCAAUAAAAACCAACGAGGAUGUGAAGGCAAUGUUUCGGUGCCACAUGAUGUUUGGUCAAUUACCUACAAUUGAGGUGUAUGUCCGACUAGUACAAAAUCCCGAAACAUUUCCAACGCAGGAAACACAGUCACACUUGUACGGGAUGAGCCAAACAUCCGACGACGAACCAACGCAAAAUAAUUUACCUUUCAUACCCAAUGAGGAGGUGGGCGAACCAAGUGAUGACGAUAUUCUUGAGGAAAUCACAAUGCAAGAUAUUUUUGGUAACAGUGAUGACGAAGACAAUGAAGAUGAAGACAUAGUUGUCCCGUCUACGCAACCGAUCAGCGCACAACCCGUAAGUUUGUAUAACCCGCCGACACACAUGCAAAAUAUUUGCGCCGAAUAUGACGACACAACCUCUGUCUUUGGAAAUGCUAUUCAAAGCCAUAUAGGAGACGGAAUUGAUAUAGGUAUGGAGUUUGAAAACAAGGAAGCCUGCAUCCUCGCCCUGCAGCAUUGGCACAUAACACACUGUGUGGACUAUUGGGUGUGUAAGUCUGACAAUGAACGAUAUGUCAUUAAGUGUAAGAAAGAAGAAUGCAAGUUCAAGUGCAGAGCUUCAUUUAGACAAAGGAACUCGAAAUGGGUGAUUGGUAAGUUGUCUGGGUCUCACACAUGCACCACAACGUCUAUGGCACAAGACCAUAACAAGCUCAGUUCAGAAAUGGUUAGCCAUAGCAUCAGAGAACUUGUAAACAGCGACGCCUCACUUAAGGUAAAAGUGAUCAUUGCCCAUAUUCUAGAAAAAUACGGGUACAUUAUAUCUUACCGGAAGGCGUGGAUCGCUAAGUGCAAGGCGGUAGAGUCGCUUUACGGCAAUUGGGAAACAUCUUACAACGACCUACCGCAGUGGCUACUGGUAAUGAAAACCUUUCUUCCCGGAACCGUUAUGGAUUUGCAAACCAUACCGGCCAUAUCAAGUGAUGGUUCCCAGAUCUCCGGAAAAAGAACUUUCCUUCGUCUGUUUUGGGCAUUUCGUCCGUGUAUAAAUGGUUUCGCAUACUGUAAGCCCAUUGUGCAGGUAGACGGAACUUGGUUGUAUGGCAAGUACAGAGGAACUCUAUUGACGGCGGUGGCACAAGAUGGCAACGCAAAUAUUUUCCCAGUGGCAUUUGCUUUGGUCGAAGGAGAAACAAAGGAAGCCUGGAGUUUUUUUCUGAGGAACCUAAGAUUACACGUGACACCACAGCCAAAUGUAUGUCUCAUAUCUGAUAGGCAUGAAUCGAUAAAAAGUGCAUACAACAAUCCAGAAAACGGUUGGCAAAAUCCUCCAUCUUCGCAUGUCUACUGCAUAAGACACAUCGCUCAGAACUUCAUGCGCGAGAUUAAGGACAAGGUUCUACGAAAAUUAGUAGUUAACAUGGGUUACGCAUUGACGGAGGCCUCAUUUCAUUAUUAUCGCGGAGAAAUCAGAAGAUCCAACGCUGAGGCUUUAAAUUGGAUAGACAAUAUUCCUAGGGAGAAGUGGGCUAGGGCAUUUGACGGAGGACAACGUUGGGGACACAUGACAUCUAACUUAGCAGAAGCAAUAAACUCUGUAUUAAAGGCCACAAGAAACCUUCCCAUCACUGCAUUAGUCCAGUCUACAUAUUAUCGAUUGGGUUCACUGUUUGGUAAACGAGGACACAAAUGGACAAAAAUGCUAUCUUCAGGCAAAGUUUUCACAGAUGGUUGUAACAAGGGGAUGGCCGAGGAGGUAGCCAAGGCUAACACACACAAUGUCAUGCAAUUUGAUCGGGAAAGAUUCUGUUUCAUGGUGCAAGAAAAGAUUAAUUACAACGAUGGUCGUCCAAAGGGUACUUUCAGCGUUGACUUGAGGAAUCGUAGGUGUGACUGUGGAAAAUUUCAAACGUUCCACUUGCCUUGCUCCCACGUGAUAGCGGCAUGUUCUAGCAUACGACAAGACUAUGUAAUUCACAUUCCAGAGGUCUUCACAAUACGUAACGUAUUCAAGGUCUACAAGGAAAGCUUCCUGGGACUACCGCACGAGGAGAAUUGGCCAAAAUAUGAAGGUUUCACUCUCUGCCACGACGAUUCAAUGAGAAGAAAUAAAAAGGGGCGUCCAAAAAGUAGUAGAAUCCGAACUGAGAUGGACGACGUAGAAAAAGAGAAGAGACGGUGUGGGAUUUGUAGAGAAAUAGGUCAUAUGCGUAGAAAAUGUCCCAAUGUUGCCGGUCCGUCAAACCGACCGAAUAGAUAA